CUUCAAACACAAUCCAUAUGAAUUCAAUACACAAUGAGCAUGGGAAUUCAAUUGAAUUCAUAGAAAAAAAACUACCGAAAAAUCAGCAGCUGUGAUAUCUUGUCGUUUGUAAUUUGUAUACUCAAUGAGUAUUACUAAUUCAAUAUAAUUAAUAACUUCUUCAGACCUUUAAAUCCAAGGUAGCGUCGGUUCAUUUGUAUACUCCAGCCUGAUAAUUAUUAAAUUAUUGCGUACUUAAGGAGAUAAUCGAAUAUCGAUGGAUAAUGAUGGCGCAAUCUCAGUCGUCCUUCCUCCAUUGCCGGCAGUUGUGCUCCGAAGUAUUUUCAAACUCAUGGACUACCACACCUUAAGGACAUGUCGGUUGGUCUGCAAGGAAUGGAGGAUAGAAGCAAGUGCCUUUUUUAAACUCAAGUCAGUAACAAUUCCAAGGCAUUUCUAUGGACGCGAACCAACGAACUCGUUUCCGGUACAAUGGACAGAUCAUGUCCAAAGGGACAAGGCCUGUAGAUCGUUUUUUACCUACAACCAAGCCAGAACGAGAGAAGAUCAUGUUAUGCCUAUUGCAAAUAUUCAGUUGGAACAAACAUUUCACAACAAUGGAAUGCAAGAAAUGUUGCUGUGGUUGAAAACUAACGGAGAAAAAUUAAAAUCAAUUAAUUAUGUUGUCAAUGGAAUGUCAGUAUUGUCUGAACAUUUCAUGUUUUACAAGAUUCGAGAACUUUGUCCAAACCUUGAAGAGAUCGUUGUGGAAUUGGAGACUGCGGAAUAUGCACCAGAACUCAAAAUGUUUGAGGAAUUAAAAAUAUUGCCAAAUCUCAAGAAAAUUUGUGUCACAGCACUCUAUCUAGAUCGAAAUUACCUUCUUAGAUUGAGCUUAUGGGACGACCCAUUAUUUUCAGCGUUGUUUAGAGUCGCUCCCGCUCUGGAGUGUUUAGAUGUUUCUGCUAAUGAGGGCACGGCAGUGGCAAAAGCGAUCGUCACGUCUUCAUCUUGCCACAAGCUUAAAAACAUUACCUGGAGGAACGUGAUGAAUGAAGCAGAUUUGCAGUUGUUGGUCAACCUGAAAAAGGAAGUCAAAUUAGAAACCCUGUGUUUAGAUUGUGAGUUGCCCCCAUUAACCACAAUCCCGUCCAUGAUUAAUCAAAUACUUCAAAGACAUUCAGAAUCACUAAAGAACGUCAUGUUCUACGGAAGAUUGGUUGAAAUGUGGGACAGUAACAGUAUCAGUGAAGACGAGGAGGAAAAUGACGAUGAGAUGGAAAUAAAUGGACAUUUUCGAGAAAUGUUUAAGAAACUCGGGAUCAAAAACCUCGCUCCCAACAUUCCAAUGAAUGAGAGGGAAUAUCUGCCAUUCUUCUCUUUUCAAGUUCCAAUACUUCCUAAAGUUACAAAUUUAGAAAUAAGUGAUAUAUUUCAUCUGAGAAUACAGGGAAACCUUUCUUCAUUCUUGAAAAAUUUCCCAGCUUUGAAACGACUGAGUUUGAACAACUUAGCGUAUGCAUGGAAUGUUCAUCCUUCAACCCCCGAUCAAGUGUUGCAAAAUUUACUAACGUGGUAUACAAAUGAAGAUCAAGCACACGAGGGGUUGGAGGAGUUUUACUUGGACGGGGAAAUAAUUGAGAACGAUGCAGUGACCAGCAUUGUCAAUACACUUCCCAAGCUAAAGAAACUGAAACUUCAGGUUCAGACGGAUGGUGUGUUUUGUUAUACCCUUGAAGAAUUUGUAAAAAAGCUAAAACUAUCUGAGCUUGAGUUAAAUGUCCGUUCCAUUACGGACAUGGGUUGGUGCAAUAAUAUAAUGACGCUCUGCUUUCCCAAGAUGACGGAUCUCAAAAAAUUACAGUUGGUAUAUUCAAGUACUUCAGGCUCUUUCGGAGAAUUUCCUUUCAGAUUUGUGGAAAACACGAUAAUCCAUGGUUUCUGUAAUGCACCAUCACUUCGCUGGUUAAAACUUACCAAUUUUUCGUUCUGUUCAACAACGAAGGAGAAGUCAAUUGAGCGGUUGAGGGCCCACUGCUUUUCUGUUACGUUGAAACAUUGUGUGUGUUACAGCCCUGUGUUCAAUGAAACGCAUGACCCAUGGCACAAGAUUAGCUCAUCGGACCAAUUAGCAAUCAACUCACCCUCCGAUGUUGAUAAGACUGAUUAUUGAUUAAUAUUUUACAGGUGAGCACUUACUUAUGUAUGUACUUACUUGCUUUUUAAAUGGUUAUUUUUAUACUUGUGAAAUUGUAGAAAUGUGAUAAUAAGAAUACAUAUUGUUAAAACCGUUUAAAAAAUUUAUGUUAUUGUCCAAAAUCAAAAUUCAGUAGAUUUGGUGCUUGAUAUUUAUACAUUGCAAAAAUGUAUUUGCAUGUGUCUUUUUUUAAUGAAUAAAAUAUUUGAAUCCUUUGCAUUUGA